AUGCAGCGUAUCAUCGAGAUGAUUUGGGGCAAUUCCUCGCAAGUGAAGGUUAGUUUAGCCGGCCCUAAUCUCUUUGUUUUUUCAUUCCUUGACUGUGUGUUGAAGCAAUGGGUUCUGGAAAAUGGUCCUUGGCACGUCCAAAAUAAGCCACUAGUUUUGAGGAAAUGGCUACAUGGGUCGCAGAAAUUGAGUUUUGAUCUAUCCUGCAUGCCAAUCUGGGUGCAGCUCUAUAGGGUUCCAUUAGAGCUUUACUCUAAGAAGGGUUUAAGCUACAUAGCUAGUGCCAUUGGUAGGCCUUUGUAUAUGGAUGCUAUAACAGCUUCUAAGCAGAGGCUUGAAUUUGCUAAGGUCUGCGUUGAGAUUGAAGUGGGGAGUGUUAUACCUGAUUCUAUUCAUGUAGUUUUAAAAGAUGGGUCAUCUGUGCUUAUUAAAGUAUCUGUACCCUGGCUGCCUAAAAGCUCUAAACAGUCUUUGCAGAAGCCUAAGGAGAUUCAGGUUUGGAGGAAAAAGGAUAUGUCGUCUUUGGGUAAUGGUAGCAAGGAUGUUAUUACAGCUAUUGCAUCUGCUUUUGAGGUGUCUCAUGAAAAUUCCAGUAUUUCUAAAGUAGUGACCAAUAGCCCUGAGCCUCUUUCUGUCAAUGUUCACAAGGCUACUGAAAUGGUGCAAAAUAUGGAUCUGCAGGUUGGUCCUGCCAUUGAGCUAUCAGUUAAAGACUUGCAGGAGAACUGUGGGGUAAACGUGCCUGCGAAUGUUCCUGUUUUUGUUCCUUCACAGGAUGUUCAACAGGGGGAUUUUCCUCCACUCCAAGACUCUUUAAAGAGGAAGACUAAGGGGGGGAAGAAUGAGACUAUUGGCUCUUCAAGCAAAACAGAAGGUGUGGCUGAAGGUCCUAGGAAAACUAGAGUUGCUUCCUUGGGGGUGGCUGUGUUGUUUAAUGAAAUCAAGUCAAAAAAGAAAGAUCAUUUUGAGAAAGCCAAGGGUGCUACAGUAACUUUGGGUUCUGAUGGUGCUGUGCAAUCCAUUCCUUCUUAA